CCAGGGGGUGUAAUGACUGGACACCGGUUGGGAAAGGUCCGGUUGAUGCUCUGACCGAUUUCUUUCCAAUAUGGCUGCCAAUAAGAAAAAGGAAAACAAAACACGUGUAAAAUCUAGUUCAUUCAAAUUAGAAGGAAUAAAAGAACUUGGAGGGACCGAGGAAGAUGUGGCACUCUUGCAAGAUGUAGCAGACAGCGGUUCUGGGUCAGAAGCAGAAAGUGUUGCAGAUGAUGUCUCAGAUGAUGAUUCCAUCCAACAGGAUGAGAUUCAGAACUUUUUGAAGCAAUUGGAUAUUGAAAGGCAUAGGCCAAAAGUCAAAGGUUCCAAGCAGGCAGAACAUACUGAGGCUGCAAAUGAGGAUCAAGAACCAUCUACAUCAUCUAACAAGGUGGACAAGAAAGAAAAAAACAAAUACAAGGUUCAGCAUUCUGAAGUAUCAAGCUCAGUGAAGGACCCAGGAGUUGAGUAUAGGGCGCAUGUGCGGGCCUACCAGUCCAGAAAAUACCUGCUUGUGAAACCAGGAGAGUACUUUGAUACAACACAGGCCUCCGAGGGAGAUGGAAACCUGCCUGGACUGCCCAGUGAUUUGACGAGGCAGAUGGAAGAGUUUGCAGCCAAGCUUCUCAGUGAUGAGAUAGACGUCUACAACAAACAGCGAGAAAAUGCCAAGCGUUCAGAUGUGCAGUGGAUGAGGACUGUGCUGACGUCUGGUACACUGGCUGACAAGGUCGCUGCCUUGACCGUGCUGCUACAGGAGUCACCGCUCCACAAUGUCACGUACAUUGACACCCUCCUCAAUAUGGCCCGCAAGAAAAACCGGCGAGAGAACCUUCAGGCCGUCGAUACCCUUAAAGAGCUGUUUCUGACAGACAUAAUGCCCAGCAAUAGGAAGUUGAAAGCAUUUGCCCAGCAUGACCUUACCAGUCUGGGGUCUGCAGCAGGCUGGAACAGAGACGUGAUGGACAAACGUCUGCUGCUGUGGCAGUACGAGGCACAGCUCAAGUUGAAAUACACAGAGUUUGUCAACAUCUUGAAGACCUUAGCCCAUGAUGUGCUUCUGCCCACCAAACAAAAGGCAGUUAGCACCAUUUUUAACAUGCUUGUGGAGAAGCCAGAACAAGAAAAGUUGUUGCUGACCACUCUGAUCAACAAAGUUGGUGACCCACACUACAAACUGGCUGCAACUGUCUCUCAUCUGCUCACUAAACUGGUGGAGACUCACCCCAACAUGAAGACGAUAGUUGUCCGAGAAGUGGAGCAACUUAUCUUUAGACCUAACGUGGCUGAACGGGCUCAGUACUACUCAGUGUGUUUCCUCAAUCAGCUGAGACUGAGUCCCUCCCACAGACAGCUGGCGGCCAAACUCAUCAGCAUCUACUUUGCCUUCUUUAAGGGGUUUGUGAAGAAAGGUGAAGUGGACAGCAAGAUGAUGAGUGCACUGCUGUCAGGGGUCAAUAGAGCAUACCCGUAUGCAAAAUUGGAAGAGAAGGUAUUAUCGGAGCAGUUGGAGCAUCUGUACAAGAUUGUACACAUCGUCAACUUCAAUACCAGCCUACAAGCCCUCAUGUUACUGUACCAGGUGAUGGGAACAAGCGAGAGUAUCUCAGAGCGCUACUACAACGCCCUCUACAGGAAGUUGGUUGACCCGGCCCUUGCGACUUCUUCAAAGCAGGCGGCCUUCCUAAACCUCGUCUUCAAGAGCAUCAAGAUGGACGAAUCAGAGAGGAGGGUCAAGGCGUUUGCGAAACGUCUGCUGCAGGUGUGCAGGUAUCAGCAGCCUCCCUUCACCUGCGGGGCACUGGUGCUCUUGUCUGAGGUGCUGAAGGUGAAGCCAGGAGUGUUGACCCUGACCCACACAGAAGAGGACUCAGAUGACGAGGAGCACUUUGUAGACCAGCCAGCGCCUGACGACCCAGAUCAUACCAUCGAGCCUGAUUCAGACAGCGAUCAAGCCUCCAGUGACGUGGAGCAGACUGAAGCAAAACACAAACCUUCAACCUGGGUGCACAAGAAAAACCUGAACCACAAGACAGAGCAUAUGGACUACGACCCAUACCAUCGCAACCCUGCGUACUGUCAUGCAGAGAAUGCCUGUAUGUGGGAACUGCAGGGUCUCGCUGCACACUUUCACCCGACCGUGGCGCUCUUUGCCCGACAGAUUCUACAGGGUGAGAGCAUAGAAUACCCUGGUGACCCUCUACAGGACUUCACUCUGAUUAGAUUCCUCGAGAGGUUUGUCUUCAAGAACCCAAAAAAGAAACAGCAGGUUGAGGAGAAGUUGGGUGCCCUCUCUAGGGUGAAGUCUGAAGUGAGGGGAAUCAAGACCCUGUCUGUCACCAGUGACACCUUUGCCAACCUGGAAGAGAGAAUAGUCCCUGUUGAUGACGUAUUCCUACACAGAUACUUUCGCCAGAAAUUGUCAAGAAAGACGCCUGCCAAGAAAGAGGAUGAUGACAGCGAUGGAGACAGUGUCAGUGAUUCUGAGUUUGACACCUUCCUGGAUAAAUAUGAGGGCAACUUGGACAGUGCUGAUGUUGAUUUUGACAUCGACUUCUCCAGUGAGUUUGGCAAGAAGAAGGGUGAUAGUCUUGAAGAUAGUGAUGAUGAAGAGGAAGAGGCAGAAGAUGAUGAUCUCUCUGAUGAGGAGGUUGACCUUGAUGAUGAUGAACUUGCAAAAGAGUUUCAAGAUGAGAUGGAAGACACGUCUGAUGAUGACAACGGAGACUUUGCUGAUGUCGAGGAGUUUGCUGAUCAGUUGGAGAGUGGAGACGACUUGGAAGGAGAUGGAGGGGAGAUAGAGGCAGAUGGGGAGAGUUUGAUGACAAGGAUGUGGACUUUGAUGAGGAAGAUAUCCAAUUUUCUGAUGAUGAGUUUAGUGAAGAUGUCCACGCAAAGGGCAAAAGAGGAAGGCAGCUUGAAAGUUUUGCCCCAAAAGCUGAACAAGUCCAAGAAGGCAAAGACUGGUGCCAGUGCUGAUAUAUAUACAGCUGCAGAGCAGUUUGGGGACAUGUUGGAUGAGACAGGAGGUUCCAAGAUCAACAUGUCUGGAUCACAUGCAUUUGCUAAUACGGACAAGGCCCAUGCAAAGCAGCUCAAGUGGGAGGCAGACAGGGACAGAUGGCUGCGAGGGCCGACCCGAAAGCAGCCAUUCAACAAGCAGAGGGGUGGGAAAAAAUUCUCCAAAGGAAAACAAGGUGGAAAGCGUGGACAAUUUCAAGGAAAGCCUGGAAGAAGGAAAUAGACUGUUAAAAAACUUUUGUAGCUUGUUCUUAUAUGUCUGGAAAGCAGAUGCAAUGUUCUAUACGUUUU